AGAUUGGGAUUAGGAAUUGCCAGCCGACCAGAGGUAGACCGGUUUAGGAGAUACAUUUCCAUGAUCCCGCUUUAACUUUCCCAUCCCAAUAAAGCAAGUCAUUCCCUUCAAAACAAAAACAAACGGAAAAGAAAUAACUAAAGCUACUGUUGGUAGCUUUUCCCUCUAUUUGAUCACCCAAAAAAAAAAAAACCCCCUAAUUUAUCAUCUCUUAUCUCAAUUCUUCUGAGUAAUUAGGGUUUUUUAAUCACUCUCCAUUACCUUUAGCCCCCUUUGUCCUUCCCUCCAUUUCAAGAGAUUUCUUGUAUGUUUAUUCCAGCAGGACACAUGGCUAGUGCUGAGGAUAGCAAGGAACCUGAAUGGAUAGAGAGAGUACGAUCAGAGGGAGCUGUUCCACUACUUGAACCAGAUAACUGUACAAAUGGUUGGGCAUGUCCGCCCGGGGAUACCUUUAUGGUAAGGGGUCCAGAGUACUUGUCAAACAAGGUCAAAAUUCCUGGUGGGAAAUAUCUGCUAAAAUCUCUUGGCUUUGACUGGAUUAGAAGUUCCACAAAGGUUGGUGACUUUUUGAGCCAUCGUAAACAUCGUAUUAGAAAGGUUGUUGAUGAGGCUUUCCCUACAGGUGAUAAGCCUUUCAUUUGGGCAUUCAACCUUCAGCUCCCUACUAAGGAUAACUAUAGUGCGGUAGCUUAUUUUGUAAGCACUGAACCUAUUCAAGAGGGUUCUUUGAUUGACCAGUUCUUGAAAGGUGAUGAUGCAUUUAGAAAUUCAAGGCUUAAAUUGAUUGCUAACAUUGUCAAAGGGCCGUGGAUUGUUAAAAAGGCAGUUGGUGAGCAAGCAAUAUGCAUCAUUGGACGAGCCCUUUCUUGCCAGUAUUGUAUAUCUGAGAAUUUUAUUGAAGUUGAUAUUGAUAUUGGAUCUUCGAUGGUUGCAAGCGCUAUUGUUCACCUUGCAUUUGGUUACAUCACAAGUCUGACAGUUGACCUAGCUUUUCUUAUUGAGAGCCAAACUGAGGCAGAGCUUCCUGAACGACUCCUAGGAGCUAUACGGUUCUCUGAACUGAAAAUUGAUUCUGCUCAGUUGAUUGAACCGUCAUCAUACGGGAGCAGUGGGAAUUUGCAGGCGUCACUGCCAACUCGCUUGUGGAAGUCACUUGGACAGGGAUUUUCUCAUCUUCUUCACCCAGGAGCUCAAGAAAGUGGUUCGGUCUCCACUCCAACAACCCAUGUUAAUGGCACUGCUGUUCAUGAAGAAAGUGAUCGUGAUGUUAAGUAAGGAAGCUUUAAUGGCAUUUCAUUUGUUUUCAGAGCUUUUGAUGACACGUGGUUGAAUCAUUGACAGGAUAUCCCAUUCUUUGGUAUUUUGUAAUAGAUUCUUUUAAUCUCUCGGUUAUUUCAAAUUUACCACAAAUGAUGUGUAAAAUAUUGGUGUGUAUAAACAAACUUUUAGCUGUUAAUGGGCCUCUUUUCAACCCUUUAGUGCUUAUUAUCAUCCAGGGAUGGUGGUAAAUUUGGGUGUGGAUUGGGAUAUUCGAUUCAUAUUGGGAUAUUCGAUUCAUUCUUUUGGAUUUGGAUGUAAAAAUUACCGUUGGUUGUGAAUGUAGAGAAAAUAUGAUCCAUUAUUUAUUGGGAUAAUAAA